ACUCUUGAUAGCUUUUUUUCAUGACUCCUUUUUGCGCCUUCUCAGAGCUCGCCUUCUCUCUGCUUUUCUCAACGGUCUCGGCAUUCCAAGGUAUUUCAAUUGCUUCAUUUCUCAAUCGCACCGGAUCCGGAGGACAGUCGCUAUUUUUCACCGGCUUUCGAUCCCGAUCCUAGUUGUCAAGCUGGUUUCUGUAUGCUGGGCGGUUCGGAAUAAUUGCCCCUCAUCUGAAUCACUCUGCGCAGCCAACCAUCACACCAAACGCAGGGAAACGCAACUACUCUCACCAGCGUUCCAGGCUUAGUGCUGUUGGACUGGACAAUCUUCACGCUCCAUACUCUGGUGAAGGGACGUCGGACGCGCGAGGGUCAGAGAAGGAAAGGAAAUUUUGGGAAAGGAAAGCCAGUCAACCAGCCAGCCAUGGCGGACGACGAGCAAUGGAGCGGCAUGGAGAACACGGUUGACGAUCCCGAGGAGACGAGAGUCAUUUUUUGCGCCCUUGACUCUUUUAGCCAAUACGCAAAAGUGGCACACUUCAACGUAACCCACCUCCGCCGCCAAUCCUUCUACGCCCUUCCCCAGGCGCACUGGCAACUCCUCGCCGCGCCGCCCUUCAACUUCCUCGACACCCUCGAGCGCACCGACGACGCAAUCGAGUCCAACGCCGAACUCGCCCGCGCCAUCGCCCACAACGGCCUGCGCUCCUUCCACCUCGUACCAGAGGGCUCGACAGAGGAACCAAAGCUCCCAGACCCCUGGGUCGGCGUCGCCAAGCACGGCGACACCGAUAAAGCCCGUAGCACCCUCCGCCAAUUCUACCGCGACUGGACCGCAGAAGGGGCCGCGGAGCGCAGCGUAUGCUACGGUCCCAUCCUCGAAGCCCUCGACCGCGAACGCAAGGCCCGGCAUUCAUCCUCUUCUGCUGCAGCAGACGCCGCCGCCGCCCCCGUGAAUGCGGAACCCCUAAAAGUCCUCGUCCCCGGCGCGGGCCUAGGCCGCCUCGUCUACGACCUCUGCCUAAACGGCCACGACGCAGAGGGUAACGAGAUCUCCUACCACCAGCUCCUCGCCUCUUCCUACAUCCUAAACUGCACCAAGCAAGCGGGCCAGCACAAGAUAUACCCCUGGGUCCACUCCUUCUCCAACCACCGCACGCGCGCAAAUCACCUCCGGAGCUGCGCCGUGCCGGAUAUCCACCCGGCGACGGAACUCGCGCACGCGCAGGCGGUGCAGCAGGCUUCCGGGACGGGUAUAGGUAGCAUGUCCAUGUGCGCCGCAGACUUUCUAUGCCUGUACGCGGACGAGGAACACUUUGAAGCCUAUGACGCCGUCGCGACCGUGUUCUUCCUCGACACGGCGCCGAAUCUGAUUCGGUACCUCGAGACGAUUCACCACGCCCUCCGCCCCGGUGGACUACUCAUCAAUUUCGGUCCUCUGCUGUGGCACUUUGAGAAUAAUGCCCCCGGGAACCACGGACGGGAUACCGACGGCGACGGCGAUCACGACGCGAAUAACUCGUCGGGGAUCGCGGACCCGGGUAGCUUCGAGCUGAGUGAUGACGAGGUCAUGGCGCUCGUCGAAAGGGUGGGCUUUGUUGUGGAAAAGCGUGAGACGGGGAUUGAGGCGCCGUACAUUCAUGAUGGGGAGAGUAUGUUGCAUACGACGUACCGCGCGAGUUUCUGGGUGGCGAGGAAGCCGUUGUAGAAUUUCGUGCGUUGAACUGUGUUUUAUUCUUCUCCCCAGUUGUUGGUUCUGCAUGUGGCUUUGAAUUAUUAUCUGUAUAUAUCAUGGGAGGUAGGGAUGCGAUACAAAUUCACGGCAUCAAGGUAAGCAUGAUAGACUCGAUGCCCAGGCACUGAAAGCCUUGCGCAAAAAAUCCAUAUUCUUGUUCAAAA